CAAAGUUCUUAUUGCAAUCACUAUGCAUUUUGAAUAAAACGGAAUAUAUGUGAGCCUAAACACUGACGUUUGAUCAGUAGCAUUUUCCUAUGGCUCCCACCGAAGUGGUUGUGGAUCGGUCGGAGGAGGAUCACCCGAAGAUCUCCACCUUUGCCGUGCUGGACCUGGAGACGACCAAUCUGCCUGCCUACAAUCACAAUAGAGUUGGCAUCACGGAGCUGUGCAUUUACGCCUUUGACGCCGCUCUCCUCAAGACAAAAGAAGUGGCCCAGGAUGGGGAAAAGGACCAGGAGCAGCAGCCGCAGGUGCCAGCGCCUCCACGCGUACUGCACAAGCUUAACCUGCUCUUCCAGCCCUCUAUGAUGGUGCACCCGGAGGCAGAGCGGGUCACUGGUCUGAGCAACUACCUGCUGGAGCGGGAGUCCAAGCUGGACGAGGAUGCGGCGCAACUAAUCAUCGGCUUUCUGAAGCACUUGCCAGCUCCGGUUUGCCUGGUGGCUCACAAUGGCUGGGGUUUCGAUUUCCCCAUUUUGAGGCAGGCCUUCGAAAAACUUAAUAUGGAGCUACCCCAGUCCAUAACUUGUGUUGACUCACUGCGUGCCUUCAUGGAGAUCGACGACGAGCACAAAAAAGAAGCAAGUCUCUUGGAAGUUCCGCAGGAUUCGUCAAAAACGGAAGCUCUGCCAGAACUUGAGUCGGAAGCCGUUUCAAAAGUUGAAACGAAAGAUGUACCUGAACUUGAAAAGGAAGAUGUUCCGGAACUUCAAACAGAAGCUAUUUUGGAAGUAGAAUCCAAUAAGGAUGACGAAACUGCCUUCAAGGAGCCAGAACCGGCCAAGGAGAUCGACUGGCGAGCCAGAAAUGAAACGACUCCAAAGCGCCCUACCGUGACGCCCAAGGAAUCUUCUGUCAAGCGCAAACAGCUUCGCGAUGUUGAUGACGAUGAUUUGGAGGAGCAGAACCCUGCUAGGCGGAGGCCGCAAGAUUUCCGAUCACGACGCCAGCUGUUCAGCGGCCUAAUGUGUGCCGAGAACAAGCGCUUUCCGCCCCGCGGAGUUUACGGAUUGGGCACGCUGUACACCAGUAAGUUCCAACGCCCAGCCAGCAAUGCCCACCAGGCCGAGGCCGAUGUCGCCAUGCUCACAAAGCUGAUGCAGCACUAUGGCAUGGAUUUCCUUGCCUUUGCUGAGGAGCAGGCCAUACCAUUCCAUGAAGUAGCCCCUCUUGGCUCUCCUGUCUGUAGGAGAAAGCGUGCAAUGUAAUUGAUAGCUUAAGUAAUUCUGCAUGACCUUCAUUUUACUAUGUAAAGCAUGCUAUAUUUUUUAUGUUCAAUAUUUUUUAUAAAUAUGACAAUUUAAUAAAAUUAUAUUUUUAUACAUGCCCCGA